GCGACACCGAACAUAAAUAACCUCUUUAUUUAAUCUGUGCACUGUCGAUAGCCUAUUUUUUUUUCUAUUGACUUUGUAACGAGCUGUCAGAUUGUAAUUUUCCCGCGUAAUUGAAUGAGGUUAUAAUUUUUUUUUGUGUUUGUAAACAAUCCGAGUUUUAUUAAUGUGUUUUUAAGUGGUUUUCUACUAAGCGGAAGUUAGUGAGAAAUCAAACGGUUUAUACGGUGUUCGUUUGUGAUUAUAAAGUGAUUAUUGUGUAUUUUUUUGCUUUUAAAAGUAUUCCCGCGUCAUGUGUUCAAAUUUUGAAUUCUGAAGUUCGAUCGCCACCAGUCGUUAGGACAACGUCGGGCCAGGCGGACAUGACAACAUAACGCCGCCAUGUUUAAUUUCUUCAAGAGGAAAGGCGGGAAACCCGAGGCCGCGCCGGCUACGCCCGACGACGCCCGAAAACUCCCGAACCCCGACCAUACGAAAUUAACAUCAGUUACGACGCGCGCGCAACGAAACGAAGAGCCAAACGAAAAAUUCAACACAAUACGCAAAGAUGUAGUGAAUCUAUUGUUACCUGAGACUGAUUAUAAUAACCAGAAGUCUGGCGUCGGUGCUAUCCUGCAGAUUAUGGCUGGGAAAAGAAAGAAGGGGAAGCGAAGAAAUGUGCGCACUGAAUCGUGUAGGAUCAGCCCCUUGAAAGAGACGAACGUAUUGCAAAGGAGUAAUUCUGAUCGGAAGGCGAGUGACGUACCCGUUCCCACACAAGCCAAAAAUACACCAGACGAUGCGGACUUUGUUAAAGCUUUGGUACUGCAGAAAUAUUCUAAGAGCAACGAUAAUAAGGAACACGUGUCUCUUGUGUACGUGAACGAUCCUGAUUUGGAUGAAAAAAAACAUGCGGAGGCAUUACUUCGUGAGAUCGCGCGCACUAUAGACUGUACUGUAGACAAGUUAAAUGAGACCAAACAGAUGGGUGCGACAGAUAGCAAAAUAAAGAGCGAACCUCUUUACGAGAGCAUUGACGAACGAAAUUUGAAUUAUAGAAAUGAAUUAAAAGAUGAAUUGGACAAAUUGUUGGAUGCGGACAAUGAAAACAAAGAAGCUGUGAACACAGAAGUUGAAUCGCCUGGAAUAUCGAAGAAGUCCAACUUAAAGCCUCCUAGGUCCGAUACGGAAGGCUGUUCAGACGACGACAGGUCGGACUGUGGGAAGAAAAGAGUCACAUUCAGAAAACACAUAGUCUUCGAUGAUGGUGAGCAACAAACUGACGAGGAAGUCGGUUCCUCCUUCGAGUCCCUCUCUUCUGAAGAUGAGGAAUUUCUAGAAGACGCUGACGACAUUAUUUUCGCUGAUAACACUACUGUCAUCAAUGUUAAUGGUAGUCAAAAUGAUAAUGAAAAAGUGACUAUAAAAAUUGAAAGUCCAGACUCGUUGAAAAGGAUUUCCAGUGACAAUAGUGAUAGUGGGUUUAUAGAAAUAGGUGAUAAAAGUGAGGUUACAGACAAAUGUGAGAGCAGUGAGAGUGAGAGUGAAGGAGAAGUGAGUGGAAGUGAGAGUGAGACUGAGGAGGAGAUUAUAGAAGAAAUUAUUGAAGAGAUUGAAGAAAUUAGUGUUUGUGAGCCUUUCGAAGUUGAUCAUGGGAGCCAUCCGGAUGAGCCGAAAACUUUAGUAUCCCAGGACUCAAAAUUCCAGUCGCAAGUUGCCUCUCUGACAGACUUAGAAGACACAAGAUGUUCUGAAGCAGAAAAAACGAGGGAACUCAUUGCUGCGUAUAGAAAAGAAAUCGAAGAGAAGGAGCAGGAAAUACAACAAUUAAAAUGCGAGCUCGCAGCGGCGUACAAGGAGUCGGAGCUGGUCCGGCAGAGGAGCAGAUCAUUGGAAGAGGAGCUGACGGCUGCCAGGACCUGCUCCUCAAACCUCGCUGACCAACUUCACAGGCGGAAUGAUGAAUCACUACGCCUGAUUCGAGCAGAGUUAGAAGAUGUGCUCGGACAGCGAGCCGAGCUCGAGUCCCGAGUGCUCGCGCUCGAGCGAGACAAGGAAAGGCUCGAGCAGGAGAAGAUACUGCAGGAGCAGAAGGCUCAGGAGGCAUUGUCAGCGGCAGAAGCAUGCACGACAAAAUGGCGCGCUGCCCACGAGGCGGCUCGGUCGCAGGCGGCCGCGCGAGCAGAGCGCAUGCUGGCGGACUGCGAGUGGAAGAUGAGGGAACUGGAGAAACGGGCGCGGGACGCUGAGAAACAUAAUAGAGAGCUAACAGCCACAGUAGACCAGCUCAAAUCGGACCCGAAACCAUCACCAGCUCAAGUAGCCGAACUCCAACAGCUUCGAGGACUAGUCACUGAACAACAGCGCUCAGUGCAAUCUCUAACAUUGCAACUCCAAAGAGUAGAGACGAGAGAAGAAGCUCUAAAGCUAGAAGUCCAUAGACUGAAAGAGUUACUAGAGAGGGAGACGUGUAGUGGAAAGGAGAAGGAUGAGAGAUAUCGUAAGGAAAUACAACACAUCAAAGAUGAGCAUUCGAAAUCUCUAGAAACUCUACGGUCAGAUCUCCAAUCUGCGGCAGCUAGUUCUAGAGCAGCGCUAGAAAGAAGUCAUGCUGAGCGUACCCGUGCAGCGCUCGCCCAGUUACGUGCUGAGGCACAACAAGAUGCCAGGAAUGCUGAUAGAAAGCUCCGAGAGGUUACUGCUAGGUUGGAGAACUUAAAAGAAGAACUAGCGAACAAAGAGAGUCAAUACGAGCGAGCCAUAGCUGAGGCCCAUAGCAAGGCAGACUGGGACAUAAUGCAACUUCGACAUAUGCUGGACAAAGCAGACAUCAACUAUGCUAACAAAGUUGAAGAGAUGAGCGAGAGAUUCGAGAGAGAGAAAGAAAGUUUAAUAGAAGAAUGGACAGAGAAGUUAACAGAAGUAGAAGAACAAGCAGCUACAGCAGCUGAUGAAGCAAAGAACCUUCUAGAAUCUACUAGACUGAAGCUCAUCGCAGAGAGGAUGGAACAGGUCAACAAGCUGAAGGAACAACAUCGACAGGAGAUGGAUGACCAAUGGGAACAAUUUAUGGAGGACAAAGAGAAUUGUCUAGCGAGAAUGAAAACGGAGUGCCGACAGGAGGGAGAAGAAGAGAGAGUUAAAAGGGAGAAGGAAUUGAUAGAAGAAAUAGCCGAAUUGAAAUCCCAACUCCAAGCUCAGUCAAGUGAGUACGACCACCUCGCGGUCAAAGCAGCAGCUUGUGGAAGAACAUUGGCUGUCACUGAACAGGAAUUGACAGAGGCAUUGGCGAGAGAGAAAGAAUUACGAGAGAAGAGAUCAGAAGAUGCUGCGAAGAUAAAACAAGUGGAGAAUGCUUCGAGGGAACAAAUUGAACAUCUUACUAGAAAAUGCGCCUGCUUGAGGAAACUCUUCGACGAUAUUCGAGCGAGACUCACCGCUCGAGAGCGAGCGGCGGAACAGGAGUCCAAAGCCAAAGAUAAGGAGCUCCACCAACUGAGGGGCGAAGUCGCCAGACUCACCAAGCUGCUAUUCGAACAAAACACUCCAAAAUUAGGCGCACGAACAAGAGCUGAUGGUUGUGAGACUGCGCCCCCCGAGGAGACGGCAGCGGAGCCCCGGCGCAAGGGUGGGACUCUUCGAACACCCGAACCAAUACGGAAGAACUCGAUGCUAUCCGAUUUCAGCCGAGCUCGUCUAACUCCCGUAGAAAUUCAAGGAGGUCGUCCGCGAGCCAAAAGCGUGGAUCUACCGGCAGUGCAAGUGCCAGUUAGGAUAAAGCAAUUGGAAGAGAGGAAUAAAGAAUAAAGUAAUUAGUUUUUUAUUGUACAUUGGCGAUUUGAGACCUUAUUUUUUGCUAGUUGAGGUGUGAUUUGGAAUUGAGAUCCUUCUUUUUUAGGAGUAUUUUCUUAGGUUUUACGGUACAAAAUUAAAACUACAUUGGCAGCUGUGACUUAGAUUCUCCCAGUCCUAAUUAAAGUUACUAUUUAUUCUCUUCGUCAUCAUAUCAGCCAUAAGACACCCACUGCCUCACAUAUUACUCCUCAUUGAUUAAUCGGCCAUCGAUUGGUUGUAAGCGAUCUUCAUCCAGCGAUUCCAUGCGACUAUUGUUUUACAUAAAAUUUAAAAUCCUCUAUAUAUUAAAUUUAAACGAUAAUGUGCCAUUUUAACUCUACCCUAAAGCUCAUUAUCAUGCCCCCUAAUCCAAUAGUGACUCGACAUCUCAGCCAAUGUAUUAUUAAAAACUAUUUAGUUCUAUAAAAUGAUUCUCAAUUUAGUAACUUAGCAGUCAGUCGUUUUUGAAACUGAUUAAUUUCAUGAUAAUCUAAUAUAAGUACAGGAGACAUAGCUUCUUCCCUUGAUUCGAAAUAGAAGAGUCUCUGGCACUGGAGCCUACACUGAUCAACAUUUCUAAUAAAAUAUAAAAAGCUUGGAUUAAGAUGAUUAUUCUUUUUGAGAUUAAUGGAAUAAAAUCUGAAAUUUAGGUUCGCAACUAGUUGCCGACUGACUAAAAAGUUAAAUUUUCUAAUACUUUAUACUCUUUUGCUUAUUCGCCUUUAAUACCGAAGAGAAAGGGUAUCAAACGUAUACUAUUAAAUAAUAUAAG